AACAGAGAAAAACAUAUAUGCCGACAACAACAAUUAAAAAACGUAAUAUAUACGAGCCAACUAUUAUUUGUUGAUUUUUUUAUUGUGUUUUAGCGAGAACAAGAAGUCUUAAUUGAGAAAUUAAAUAAUCAAAUUCAGCAAUUACAAUAUUUUGUCAAUGAUGCGUCAGAAAAAUUAAAAGACAGCUCAGAAACGAUUCGAAAAUUACAGAAACAUUUGAAAAUAUGUCAGGAAAAAUUAUCGGAAAAAAGUAAAAUGAUUAUUUUUCAAGAAGAGUUGAUUCAAGAAAAUAAACAAAAAUUAUCGAAUUUAAAUAAGACAUUAGCAGAAUUUUCAAGUGAAAACCAAUAUUUAAUUAAAACAAUUGAUGAGUGUAGUCGACAGCAUGAGCAAGAUAUUUUACAAUUGAAAAAUAAUGAUGAGACAAUCACAUGGUUAAAGAAGCAAUUGACAGAACGAAAACAAAAUGUAAGACACGAUAUUAAAAAUAAUUUAGAUAUUCGUUAUAAGUUGGUAUAUAUAGUAGAUGUACAAAAUUGA